CUCCGCCAACAUCGGGUGAUACCAUCAGUCAGCGAUUAACGCGACCAUUAAAGUUAAAGGGAAUCCCUGUCUUUCGAAACCUCCACGACAUUUCGCGCGGCGCGGCGCGAUCGAUCGAUCGAUCGACCGGUUUCCGGGUCGAGAUAUGAUUAGUGAGUGCGCGCGCUCAGCCGAUUACGCGCUCGUAUACAUUGGCUAUGCAUCGCCGCAGCCACGCACACUACAGACGGGAUAGUGUGUAGCACCUCGAAGGUCCACGUGGUCAUGGAUCACAGUGGUGGCAACAGUCGUGCCCCGGCCGUCGUUCAAGUGUGCAAGAACGCCGGCCUCCGUCAUCUCCGCCGUUCGUUGUCGAGAGAGAAGAGCAGUUGCGAAAGAAACACGAAACAAGAAGACGUAGAGAAGGAGAAAGAGGAGGAGGAAGAACAGGAGUAAGAAGAGGAAGAGAAGGAGGAGGAGGAAGCUGAAGAAGAAGAAGAGAGCAAGUCGGGACAAGCUCGCUUUCGUUUACGUUUCGCGCGCUGACCGCAACCGGCGAUUCCACGCUCAAGUAGAACCGCGUGCAUGUCCUGAUCGCGUCUUCGCCACGGCUUCGUUCUCAGGUGUGCUCUGCGGAGUACGCGAUGUGCACUGAGAAGGUCCGCGAGGAUCGCGGAAUCGAUCGCUGAUCGUUGUGCGACUCUUAACGCUGCUUUCUGUGACGCACAAAUUGCGACGUUGCGUGCGCUCCACGCGUCUCGAUAAGAACAGGCCGACGCGCUUACUCAGCUUCGCACACAUACGGACUAUAUUCGGAGCAACGAGGAAGAGUGUAUCAGUUGUAUCGGGUUCCAAACCCAGGAGAUUUCGCAGUGUCGUGUAAUUCACUAUUUUCGUGAACAUGUGGGUGGAUCAGCUUGGGCUUCUUCUUUGGAAGAAUUAUAUUGUGCGGAAGCGACAGCCGGGGAUUCUGGCCUUGGUUUUUCUCUGGCCAGUAGCGGUCUUCAUGCUUCUCUACACACUACGCGAUAAUGUCGAUCCGGAGUAUAAUCCAACGUGUCAGUUUCCCGCAAGGUCGAUGCCGCAAGAUGGACUUUUGCCUUUCGUGCAGAGUUACAUAUGUAGCUUCGGUAAUCUUUGCGAUCCGCUGUCGGAGUACGAGGAAGUGCCUGCAUACAGGAACGCCACUUUAGGCCCUUUAGUGUUGGAACUGCAGCCGAUGCUUAAUAACAUGACAAUCAUUUCCGCCGUGGAGACGUUGCCGCAAAGUAUUCAGCUGUUGAAGUCGAUGGCGCAGAUUCUCACCAAGCCGGAAAUCAAGGCGUUUUUCGACAGGGGAAUCCUUUUGGGCGACCUGUUCAAUAAUCACGAGCAAAUUAAGGAUUUAUUGAAAUCUCAAAUGCCGGAAGCGAGAGAGGGAUUGGUUGAUGGUUUGUUCGAGUCAUCUGUAAAAUUAUUAUACUUGAUCCAAACGUUCGGCUCGUCUAACAUUGACACCGUCGUCUGCUCGGCGGAGAGCUUGAAGAAAUAUUUGAUCGUACCUAAAGAAGAGGAUUAUGUGGAAAUUUCGAAUGUCCUGUGCAAUAUUGAUGCGAAGGCGAUUCCCGAUAUUCUGGAGAAUCUCUCGAAGCAUCUAGACUUCACCGGUUUGUUGGCGAUGGUGGACCGUGUGAUGGCGAAAUUUCGCCAUUACAAUUUCUUUCAGGACCUGAAGCGGACGUCGGAAAUCAUCUUGGAUCUGAAGACGACCAAGAAGUACGCACCCGACUAUCUGAGGCUGCGCAAGUGGUUACCAAGCAUGAUCUUGGUAAUGGAAAAUGUUACCUUCAAGGAAAUCGACCUCGACUUCAUUAACAAAGCCCUAGUUAUUUUGGAUCCGCUGUUUGUGCAAGAACGAGAAUGGCCCGUUGCCCGAGGUGGGCUUUUAAAAUUAAACAGACUCCUGAAAAUACUGAAGGAAGUUCUAAAGCACGGGAAACUUAAUUCCACGGAUGAUUUCUUCAGCGUGAUGGAUCGUUUGGCAGGAAGGAUAUCGGCUUUCUCCUCGAAUGCGGAUAAUUACGAGAAUAUCACGAAGAUAUUGGAUCUAUCCUUCAUGAUCUUGCAGGACGGCAUCAAACUCACCAACAGGCUGUUGGAUCGUCACGUCAAUGACUUCGAGUUGGCCGCUGAAGUUUUAGACGGACUCAAAAACUACUUUCAUGAGAACAUAGUGAAUUCAAUGUCGUACCUCGUGUCGCUGAUGGAUAACAUCGUGCAAAUGACUCAUCACGUUGCAGUUCUCCACAGAGAUACUCUGAGGAAAUUGUACGAGGUCUCUAAGAAACAUCAGGAUUUGGUCCAAAAGAUCUUGACGAAUGUAGAUCCUGACGUAUAUAGGGCGAUCAUCCAUUCCUUCUCCCGGUUGGAUCUCUUAGAGCGUCUAGCGGACGAUCUGAGGGCAGCGAAAGCUAAGGAAAUAUUCUGUCAGAGGAAAGUAAUAAACGAAGUGUUCGACAAUUCCGUCGAGCUUAAGAACAAAUCCGAUGAAAUUGAGAAAUUAUUGUGCAGCAAUUCCGGAAAAGAAUUCAUUACUGACGUCUAUGAGAGCUUCGAGUUUGACAAAUUCAAGACAAUCGUGUCCAAAACUCUGUCGACUUUGAUCAGCAUGGCGUUCAAGCAAACAGUCAGGGUCCAACAUGCAAACUUAACGUCCGUCGUGAAGCACGUCAAAGAGUUCGUAGCAUAUCUGGACGCGCAGAACGUCCGCAGGGUAAAAUACUUGGACUGGAGCGUUUUCCAAAUCAGCGAUGACUGGACGAAAACUUUCGAGGAGACGCAAUAUCAAGGCAGGAAAGAUAUUUUGGCAAUUCAUCUGAGCAUAGCGAAGAUGGUGGGCAUUCGCAGUAUAUCUUAUGGGACCAUUAAACCGGACCUGGAAAACAUGGACAUAUUGGCCGAAGUGAUUUUGCAUGGCCUACAGGUUAAUCCCAAUAACUGGAUCGCGGAGGUACGCCAACACAAGAGCGAGCUCAUGAAGUCGUUCUACCUCACCGUGACAGACAGACAGAAGACGCUAGAGAUCCUGACGUAUUCGAAUUUCACGAGGAUCUACUGCGUGGAUUCGAGUCCGCCGGCUUUGCUGAACUUUCCCAAAGAAUCCAACGCUAAGCUCCUCAGGGAGCUGGUGUGCUACCUAUCGAAAUCGGUGCAAGCGGGUCUGGAAGUAAACGUGACCAGCAUCGAUAUCGAGGAAGCCACCGCCCACAGGAAGCGGGAAUUUAAUUGGACGGCUUUCAACGAGAAGACGAUCGAGAUUUACCAGUACAUCGACACGAUGGUGCAUCAAGAGGUUCAGCCGGAUGACUUGAAGAGGAUCCAGGAAUUGAAGCGGGACUUCGAAACUUCGUGGACGACGAACGUGACGGCGAAGGACACGUGGGAGAUCAGCGUAGGUUUAAUCUGCAAGCUCUUUAGCGUGAUGGAGAGCCCGGUGUUUGGGAUACAGACCAAACAACAUUGGAAGGACAUUUAUAGUGUCGCGUGGGCGAUCUCGGUGAUCUUCGACAAGAUCGAGAAGAUAACGGACGAUAUUCGGCAAAACCAGAACGUGGCUAACCUCACCAAUGUGCUGCAGGACAUGCCGCAGACCGAGAUACUCGUCAGCUCAUUCCUGAGAAAUUUACCCCCGAUCAUUCUCGAUGUGGUCGACAUGAUCACGCUGAAGCCGGUGGCUCUCAUAUCGGUUAUCGACGAAUACAAACUGCGCGAGCAGAUGUGGCCUUGCGUCCUGAACGAGAGCAUCGGCGUCGCUAUAGAGCUGAGGAAAGAAAGUCGCGAAGUCGUGCGAGAGAUCGAGAAUAUCGCUUGCAGUCCGUCACUCUUUAUCAAGGAGUGGACGGAUCAACCGUUAAUAGCGAAUGUUCGAAAACAGCUCGACCGUGAAAAGAACGUGAGCGUCCUGCCGUUCAACUGGACGAUGGGCUACAGGAAUUUCCGGCAAGUGGUGAAGAAGCUCGACAACCUGAUCAACGACGCCAAGGAAGUCGUCUUGGCGGAACAACCGAACAUGAAGAAGUACAUGAAGACAAUCGUGAAUGAAGCGAAUAAAAUCAUCGACGAAAGAUUGCCGAAUAUGAUGAGCGAUUGGAAGAAUACUCUGGAUCAUGUCGACAUGGAGAUCGACAAGGCGGUCAAAGCAUUCAGAAGCGAUCUGUCCGCAAGCACAAUUUGGAAGCCGACAGUCGAUGAUAUCGAUCGCGUUCUCAUUCUUCUCAAGUAUGUUUCCAACUUCGUUCACAAAGGUGUACGAAUCGCGGCCAACAUACUGAAUGAAGGCACAGGAAAGAUCAGUUUGUUAUCCUUGUUGGGAUUCGACAGCACAACUGCCGUCGCCAUCUUCCACGAUCAGCUGCCUUAUAUUUUGUCGACGCUGUUGAACGGAAUAUCCGAUCCCGUAAUCAAUGAACAAAUUGUCAAUACGCUGAAGAACAACACCGCGAUUACGUGCUCAAUGAUGUUUAACUGGCUGUCGGAGGAUAGAGUUGGCUUAAGCACCACGGACUACAGGACUUUGAAGAAUUUUACCUGCGAUCUCGAUCCUGAGAAUUUCAACGCGUACACUGACUUCUACAUGGCGGAAGUGAUGAUCUGGGAGAAGCCCGCUAGCAAGUACCGAUCUCACUUAGUCACAAUGAUCGGCGACUUGUACGAUCUCGUGAAAGCCAUCAGUCUCGUGAUCAAAAACAACAUAAUCAUUGAGCCGCCCUUCUCGAAGAGAUACUUGAACGAUAUGUUGCUUAAACUAAAGGAGACUCUGGAGAUUCGACAUCCUAGAGGCACUUUUGAAAAGGAGUUAAAACCGGGUCAGGGAUGGUCCAAUUACGUAUUACUGGUGGAGGGUGUGUCGGAGACUCUGUUGCACAUUAACGAUGCGCUGAAGAGUGCGAAGAUACACAACCGCGGCAUUGAGACCUGGGAAUUGACGGAAAACGGCGACACACGGCAGAUACUGAAAAUUCUGGAAGCUCAUCCUGAAGAGACUAUCGCGCUAAUUGCCACUAUCAGCACGUUCAACUACACCACGGGCAAGUUAUUGCCAUUCAAAGAUUUCAGAAGAUCUAUGUGCACUUCUCGUUUCGGUUCUGCUUACUGGUCCGAACCCCGCAGGUUGCAUUUUCUACAAGAAGUGUGCUCCUUCGAUCCUUAUCAGCUAUUGAAGACUGCCACGAGCGAUGAAUAUUACAAUGUUGUCACUGGACGAACGAAUGCCUUCGUGAAAUCGACACCACUGACCAUGUCGUUAUUAAAAUUGCUGGACACCGUGUGGAAUCUGACCAGUACGUCGCCAGGGCUGAGUCUCAAGUCGCACAUUUUCAAUGUGACGACGUGGCAGAAUCUAUCCAACGACACGUGGGCCUUAAUCCUGAAGUCCGAGAAAUCCUGGAUACACGAAUACCAGAACUCUUCGUGGUACAGAUUCAAUAUGAUGUUGCAUGGCACCGAUUACCACGUGGACGCCGGCAGACUGUUUCAACUACUAGAAUCCGUGAUCGAUCUCGCUUCCGGCGGAGACAUUUGGCAAAAGCUUCGCGUCAUACAUGAGAGCUCAAAAAUGAAGCCGCUACUGAACCUUGUGGAGGACAUGCCUAGUCUCCUGAUCACCGCCGUCGAGACCCUCGUUUCGUCCGAGCGACUGGACGAUUUCUUGCAGAGAAUGUUAGGCGGCCAGCUGCAUCCUUGCGACGUCGAUCGAUAUCUAAUUCCACCGAACUAUAUAAGAAGAAAGGGUAUAUUGUCUAGCAUCACAAACUUCUGCCAGAAAAUCGUCAUGAGCGGCAAGCAUUUGACGUGGACAGAUAUUCUGCCAUUCGAAGAAAACUAUAAUAAUAGCCACUUUGUGCCUAACACGCCCGGCUCGGGAGCUUCGGAAUCAGCAAACGAAAUGCAGUUGCUGCAGAAGUUGCAAGGAUUCCAGACGACUUUAAUUCGCGUCUUGUCGGAAGGUUACAAGCAGCCGAAAAUUCCUACAUGGUGGACGUCUUUCGAGGAGGGCACUUAUAAGGAUUUCGAAGCGCAAUAUAAAAAGAAGGACGCGAGAGCUUUAGCGCAUUUGAUAGUGAAGAAAAUAAUGUCGCAACUAGAGAAUGUUUUUAAAAGGCAUGUUAAUAACAAAAAUUGCACGUGGUGCGUCACCCUUCCGAUGGAGAUUUUAAACUCGCAGUUGUCGCAAUAUGGUCGCUACUCCGAGCUUCUCUGUCAAAUGGAUCGACUGAAUAUAUCAAUGAUACGUAACGUUUUGACGAAUGACUUCAAUUGGAAUAAAACGGCCAACAUGAUCAAGGACUACAAAUAUCUGAAAAAGAGUAGGACGCUAAAUGAGUUCUUAGGUACGCUCGAAAAUACUCUGCACUACGUCGCCAACAUUAUUAUUGAUUUCCAAAAUGAUACGUAUCACGAAAAAAUAACCAACUGUUUCAACAAGUUCAUCGGCAGUUCCAAAUAUUCUCGACCAGGCUUGUACGUCAUGUUCCUGCUGAGCUUACUGGAUAUGUUGGAAAAUAACGUUUUUCUCUUGGACUCGUUGCCAUAUCAUGAGCAAAUCAACGACUUGACGAGGUUGGCCGAGAACCACGUGCCGAUUUGGAUACCAUUGCGCGACGUGGUGAAGCAGUCUGACCUCGCUGAUGUCGACGCCUUGUUACCGAACGCCACCAUCAACGUGAACGCGUUCUUGAACAACGCGAAAACGACUCUGUGCCACACGAGAAAAGACUGCCGGAACGCGAGCGUGUUGUACGAUUUUCUCAGCUCAAAGAAAGCGGGCAAGGUUUUACGUUACGAUCCGAAGGCGGCCAACUACCCGUCGGUAGCCGAUAUUUCGAGCCGGUUGGCUCUCAGCCUGGAUGUGGAUCUCAUAAAUCGGCAGCAGCCAUAUUGGCGCACGCAGGCCUCCUGGGAACUCACCUGGUUGCAGGAAAUCCUGCAUCAUCUAUCCAUGAUCCUCGGAGAAACCGGGAAUCUGCUGGACGUCGCCAGUAAGAUAGAUUUCGGAGACGUUUCCAAUGUUCUCGGAGUCCCCGACCUCGCCGAUGGUAUAAUCAACAUAUUGAACGAUAAGACAGUCGAUAAGCUGUUUGACGCGAUGGAGGAACUCCUCGAUGACGUGGAGCCGCUCGUGCAGGAUCAGGAAGUAAUCAGUGAUAUGCAUACCAUGUUUACGACAUUGAAAUCGAUGGAGAUUUUCAAGAACUUAGGGCUGCUGGAUAUAAAAUACGUUGUCAGGGAGAUGUUUGACAAUUGGGACGUGGUGAGGAUGUUUUUGAUCAACAAUAUUAACAUUACCAAUGAUGUUCUUCUCACGUUGUCUCAAGCCAAGAUAGAUAUGCUCUCGGUCUUUAUGAGAGAGCGCGGCAUCAUCAGCUUGAAAGACACCAUUUGUUCAGCAGAGAAACUUGGCGAUAUGUUGUAUUUCAAUAACGGCCUCGUGACUGCCGAUGAAGUUAGCUCCGCGCUUUGUCAAUUGAACGACUCGCAAACGCAGAACAUCAUCAUCACGUUACUCAAGAACAUAAACUUCGACUACGUCUUCAAAAAUUUAAUGAUCGCUAACGUGAAGAACAUAUUAGCCAAUGCGAAUUUAACCGAAACUGAAGGAAAAGUUGUACUGGAUAAUCUCGGCGUUGCCGCAGAAUUAUUCCCGUUUUUCAAAGACAAACUGGCGGCGAGUCUUUCCUCCAGAGUGGAGAUAGAAGAGAAUAACGAUGAAGAAACUGAGGGAACAAUGUCCAAUUCGCAAUUUUUGAAAGACGCCAGUGAUAUGCUUUGCGGUAAGCCACUGAUGCUACAAGACAACAACGGACAAAUUUACAAAAUCGUCUCCAACUUGAAGGACAGCAAUAAAGCAAGCGAUCAGGAGGAACUCAAUUCCCUGCCAAACGACUUCUGCAAACAGACUUAUAAAGAUGUGAUCGCUAUGCCCGGCGGCAAGAUUGUCUGGUCGUACGUUAAGCCUCUGUUACGUGGUCAGAUUCUUUAUGCGCCUAACACUCUUGUGAUCUCCGAAGUAAUGGCGUUAACGAACGAGACCUUUGUACAGAUGGAUCACUUUAGCAUGUUGGUAAAUAGUUUGGAGAAGACUCUUAAAUCUUUGGCUAGUCUGUCAGAGAUGGGCGACAGUUUGAAAGACUUACAAAGUAUCUUAACCUCCGACGUGAUGAAGGUCGCAGUCAAGUCGAUGGGAGGCAAUAUCGAAGCUGACUUUUCGGAGUUGAAUCUUAGCGAGAUCGCGUGGCGGUUGAAGAGAUCGAAGAAGAUGAUUUCAAUGGUUGGCAUGUUGAACGACAUGAUGGGCUGCGUGCUGGUGAACAGGACGAUAGGAUUCUCCACGGAAGAGGAACUGGAAGCAGCAGCCAGCCGCUUGACCAACACCAACGAGUUCUUGGCAGGAGUGGUCUUCCUGGACGAUUCCUCGACGCGUUCGAAAAGAUCCCUGGAUCACGAGUUACCCGAUAAUAUCACCUAUAAGAUUCGUAUGGACGUAGACUAUGUGCCGUCCACCACGCGACUAAAGAAUCAAUUUUGGAUUCCCGGCCCAGAGAGCAGUUUCCUCGAACACCUCAGAUAUCUCCGUGGUUUCAUACAACUUCAAGAUUCCGUCGAUCGCGCGAUCAUCAAGGUAAAAAGUCGAAGGGAUCUGAAUUGGAGGACGCUCACGCAACAGAUGCCGUAUCCUUGCUGGAAAUUCACACCUUUCCAAUCAACGCUCUACGAGUCUCAGGGGAUGCAGGUGUGCUUUUACUUCGCAUUAAUGAUAUGCGUCGGAGCGGCCGUCCGACAUAUUGUUUGGGAGAGGGAAUCGCAAAAUGCUAUGGUGAUGAGCGUGAUGGGAUUGAAGCCAUGGCGAAACACUCUGGCUUGGUUCAUCACUUCUUACGUCGAGCUGUCGAUCGUGAUGCUGUCGAUAGCUACAAUUUUACUAGCCGGGAAGAUUCUGCCGCGAGCGAAUCCUCUGCUGGUACUAGUCUUACUUUUCGACUAUAUUUUCUCGGUAGUGACUUUCUGCUACAUGAUCUCGGCGAUGUUCAGUUCCGCCAGCCUCGCCGCGGUUACCACGGUUGUCAUGUUCCUGUUAACUUAUAUGCCGUACGUCAUUGUUAUCGCCAUGGAGGCCGUAUUCGGACUUGGUUAUAAACUUUUAAUCUGCCUGAGCAUGUCCACCAGCUUCUGUUACGGAUGCUUGUACGUCGUACGGAAGGAAGUUCAAGGCACUGGUAUCUCCUGGGCAAACGUCUGGGAAGAGUCGAGUCCUGGUGAUCCGAUGUCCUUGGGACUAGUGCUGCUGACCAUCGCGUUCGAUGGAUGCUUGUACGCCGUGAUCGGCUAUUUCAUCACCAGAUACACCAAUUCAGGCAGGUGCUUUCACGGUUUGAGGUCCCGUAGCUUGUGGUGGGCCAACACACGUUCUCUCUAUGGCAGACCGAGCUACCUCGCAUUCGUCAACAACCUCUAUUUCACUAACGACGUUCUCCAUCCUUCAGCCGCUUACCAAGACGACGAGAGCGAUAUCAGCAGUUUGACGGUCACCGAGAAGCAGAUCGGCGUGAAGUUCGAGAGCGUCAAGAAAGUUUACCACUCCAAGCAAGGUGACGUGAUCGCGGUGGACGACUUCACCUUGAAGCUUUGUGAGGGCGAAGUGACAAGUCUACUCGGCAGAAACGGCGCAGGAAAGACCACCAUUAUCAAAAUGCUCACGGGAAUGGUGGCACCGACCGACGGCGAAAUUUGCCUAAAUGGCGAGGAGGGUUGUAAGCCCGACAUAGGGGUGUGUCCUCAAGACAACGUACUCAUCGGCACCCUGACGCCGAGGGAGCAUAUGAUCUUCUACUGGAAACUUAAGAGACCUACCCAUAGCGCCAACAUGGAGAAGCAUGUUAACGACAUGCUGGCGUCCUUGGAGCUCGGACGUCAAGAGCUCGAGCCUGUGUCACGCUUGUCGGGCGGUACGCGACGUCGACUGUGUGUCGCUCUGGCUUUCCUCGGUUCGCCACGACUGGUCAUCUUAGAUGAGCCCGGCGCCGGUGUGGAUCCUGCGGCUAGACGGAGGAUCUGGCGGUUGAUCGACCAACAUAGAAUCGGCAGGACCGUGUUGCUAUCGACUCACCACUUGGACGAAGCCGACAUGCUGAGCGACACCGUGGUGGUGAUGCACAAAGGCAAGAUCUUGUGCACCGGCUCGCCACUGUCCCUGAAGAUGAUGCACGGCAAGGGAUACCGAAUGAACGUUUCAUUUUCGGCCGACCAGAACGUGGAUAUGAGCGACAAGAAACACCUGAAGGCCCUCCGCGCCGUCGUCGAGGAGAUCGUACCGAACGCCACGAUGAACGAGGUCUCCGAGUCAGAAUUGAUCAUCACGCUGCCUUUCCAGGGGAAAAAUGGCAUGAAUAAUGACAUCGCGCAAACGGCGAAGGCUCUGGAGGACAACCGUAAGCUGCUGGGAUUCUCACACUUCUCAUUGGAAUGCGACACUCUGGAGAGAGUCUUCUUGGAUCUGUGCGCGCGAGCAGACAACGGGCCGAGCGUUAUCAGGGCGAGUCAGGACAGCGUCGCUACUCUAGAGAGUCACAUCGAAAUGUCCGCACCGGACGACGACGUCGAUCUGAUCACCACGGAGAUGUUGUCAAAGCCCUCACCAAUCCGGCAAAUGAGAGCCAUCAUAAAGAAGAGACUGUGGCAUUUCGCGAGGGACUGGAGAGCGCCGUUGGCCGCGCUUAUUUUGCCGACCAUGUUCGUCGCAGUCGCCAUGGGAUUCUCGCUGAUACGACCACCGUCCGAGAACGAGCCACCUCUGGUUCUGACUCCCAAACUUUACAAUACUCACCCGACCUACUUUUACAGUAUUGACGGGGGUAACGAUCCGUUCUUGCAACACGUGUCUCUACAGCUGCACGACCGUUUCGGAGAUGAUUACGCUGGCGCGUGGCAAACUCUACCUAACGAUACCGGCACCUGCGAAUGCAUAGAUGGUCAGCAAAGCUGCCGCGGUGUUUCCAAAGCCGUCGAAGGUCUUCUUCAAACCUUGCCUGGUCGACCUACUCUGGACUGGAUCGUCUCGACGCAUCAGGAAUACAUAGAGAAACGAUACGGCGGUUGGUCUUUGUCGCACUACAAGAAGGAUCCUCUCUUCGUCGUUUGGUAUAAUAACAAGGGUCAUCACUCGAUGCCGGCGUAUUUAAACGCUCUGAACGAGGCAAUCUUCCGUGCAUCCGGGAUACAAGGGCACUUAACCACACUCAAUCAUCCCUUGAAGCUGUCGAGGGAUCAACUAAAUCGAACAUCUCUAUUGCAACACGUGGCGGACGUCGGUGUGGCGUUGGUGCUUUUGAUAGCUUUCAGUCUGGUUGGAGCUCAGGGGACGAAGGAGUUAGUCAGAGAACGAUUAUCGGAAGAAAAGAGGAUACUCUAUCUGGCCGGAGUUCAUCCUAUCACGUACUGGGCGACGGUUUUAAUUUGGGAUUUCAUCGUGUUUGGUUGUGCCAUUUGUCUGGCGGUCAUCGUAUUUGAAAUCUUCGGCCUGUCAGCUUACGUCGCGAAAGAUAACCUCUCCGGUAUCUGUCUGCUAUUAGCUUUAUUUGGAUGGGCGGCAAUACCAUUUUCGCACGUCGCCGAGAAGGCGUUCGACGACUCGAGCCUGUCCAACAUGGUGCUCUUCUGCGUGAACACCUUCAUCGGCGUGGCUUCCUUGGCGACUAUUCUCGUACUCGACAUCGUCGGUAAGACCAAAACCGCCGAAGACGUGAGAAACAUUCUGCAUUACAUCCUCAUGGUCUUCCCGCAAUACACUCUCGGCGACGCGUUGAUCGAGAUAUCGAGGAACGACAUCACCGCCGAACUGUUGGAAAGAUUCAACAUGGACACGUAUCAAUCACCGCUCAGCUGGAAUUUUCUCGGCACCCACUACGUCUUUCUAAUCGUGAUCGGUGGGAUCUUGUUCGUGCUGAAUCUGGUGAUCGAGUGCCGGAUGUAUCCCUACAUGAGGAAACAGAAGAUCAGUUACGAGGUCGUCCAGGAAGACGAAGACGUUGCCAGGGAGAGACUGAGGGUCGAGGCCGGCAUGGUCGACGACACCCUGAAAACCCUGAAGCUGCGGAAGGAAUACAGGAGCGUGUACGGGACGAAUGUCGCGGUACAAAAUUUAAGUUUCGGCGUGCAGGCCGGCAAGUGUUUCGGUCUCCUGGGAGUGAACGGCGCGGGAAAAAGCACGACGUUCAAGAUGCUGACGACGGAGAUCAUUCCUACGGCCGGCAAGAUCGCUCUGCGGGGAAAAGAGAUUGGUACCGGACCCUUGUGCAACGGCGAGGUUGGCUAUUGCCCUCAGAGCGACGCUCUGGAUGGAUUCCUCACUCCUCAUCAAUGUUUGACGAUCCACGCCGAAGUUUGCGGCUUGAGUAACGUUCCUAAGGCCGUCGAGUCGAUGCUGAAGAGAUUCGAUUUGCUCAAGUAUGCUCAUCGGAGAGUUGACAAUCUCAGCGGCGGUAACAGAAGGAAGCUGUGCGCCGCUAUUAGUGUCAUGGCACCUGUAGCAGUGGUGCUUAUGGAUGAGCCUACAAGUGGAAUGGACCCCGCCACGAAAAGUCUUGUGGCCCGAGCCGUGAGGCAAGUGACGAGAAAUCAAGGAUGUGUCAUACUGACGUCGCACAGUGUCGCCGAAUGCGAGGACCUGUGCAACCAAGUUGGUAUUCUCGCCCGGGCCGGUCUCAGGUGUAUCGGAACGCCGCAGCAUUUGAAGCACAAAUUCGGCGAGGGAUACGUCGCCUUCCUGCGGUUCAGCCAACCCGUUGCUGCCGCGGAUCUUAGGAGAGCCAUCCUGAAAUAUCUGCCACAGGCGAUGAUCUCUUCGAGGCAGGCUACGGCUGCUCGACUUUUGCUACCACGGAGCCAGGACAUGGCGCUCAGCGUGAGCUUCAACAUGCUGAAGCUCUUGGCCGAGGAGCUUAAGACCACCGACUACACACUCACACAGAGCUCGCUAGACCAGGUUCUGGUGAAUUUCUCGGAGGAGCUUGACGACGAGACCGUCGACGUGACUGUGUUCGGUCAAACCAGCAGGAACAGCAUGCCCAACAUGUACACCAGCAUGGACACCAUCCACAUGGACACAUUUUGAGCGCGCCGUUGAGGCCAGGCAGCCCUCCGCUGGAGGAUCGGAGGUGCAAUUGGAAUUAGCUUAAGUUUUAUAUCCUCGGCAAAGCCUCUCCUCCUCAUUCGUGCUCUUACGAUGCGCGUACGAGCGCGCGGCGAUUUUCGUGGCAAUUGCUGUGAUAGUUUGCCUUUUCGUUCGAUGCCACGACAAAACGUGCAAUAUGAGCUUAAACAGGAGAAAUGAGAAAGAGAGGAUGCGCUUUGCGAUCCUGACACGGCUUUCUCGAGGAGACUUUAGAUAUUUACUCGCUCGUUGGCGAGACAAAUUUAGAUUCGGAUUUCGAGUUCCUGAGAGGAGCAAAUUUUAGAAAUGCGCACUGAGACGCAAAAUGCUAUUCGACGCGGAUCAGAUCUGUAAAUACCUCCGCAAUGACUCUAAUUUAGUAAGGAUUUCCGAGAGUUAUUGGUUAUGCGUAGCAGAAUCUUAUUUCGGUUAGUUCGUACGGUUUUUAGAAUUGCGGAAUUAAGGGGGAUACGUAUGUACUUUUUAAGCUCAUUUUGAAGUGAUACAGGACGAAUGCGAUGUUCGCUUCCUUCAGCCGAGUGAGUCUGUGAUCAAAACAAAUGUACGAGCAAUUCAGAGCGAUAUCCUCACCACAGACUUUCGAACGAGAAGAAUAUCCCGCAGGGAUAACCAGAGCGGGAAAUCGAAGUUCUCAAUUUGCCACAGACAACUACUCGACUAUCAAUCAAGAUUCUGUUCACUGUUAUUCUCUCGCUCGACUGCUAAAUAUCUGGUAGGUGUCUCUCGUUGCCUACGUUAAAAUCAAGACAUUUCGUACGUAUGUAUGCGUGUGUGUCGAUAUACGAUUACAUAUAUUACGAUUAUCUAUAAUAUGUAUAGUAUACGAUUACGUAUAAUGUAUCGGUGAAUAUAUUGUAAUUAGAUUAAAAUUAUAUCGGAGAAGCAAUUGUGAGCGCCAAAUGCGCGCGUCUCAUUAAGGAAUUGAUAAAAUACAACCUUUUUCAUUUAGCUAAGAA